AUGAACAAGCGAAGUGCUAGCAUCAAAAUCGCCCCACUUUGUUGGAUCACGCCAGGGUUACUGUUCCGUCCACUGCAUUACGAGCUGCAGUGUCCUUUCCCAAAAUGUCGAGAACCGUUGUCUACCUUGACCAAUCUUCGUAUUCAUAUCAACAACAAGCAUCGAAGCGAGACGUCUUAUUCAUCUGCCACCUGUAUGUUCCGUUUCUGCUCUCCGUUUGCCAAAUCGAAACAUGACGGACAGCACUCAACUUAUGAGAGUGUGAAUGGUGUGGAAGGCACCUGCUGUCCGUUAUGUGGCACUCUGAAUCAGUGGAACAUUCAGAUGCCUGGCACUUCGUAUACAAUGAGCCAUAUCGCUGUUCACGGACUUCGUCGGUACCAUAUGUGCCGUGAUUGUUUCGUCUGCUUCAAAGGCGAUUAUGAUUGUGUUCGUAUGAAGACACAUUUCGAAACUACGCAUUGCACACCGAUACCAAGGACAAACAAUCGGGAAUUAUUGUGCAAGCUAUGCAGGGAAGUGAUUUUGAAGUCACAUCUUGCUGAACACGUCAUUGAGAAGCAUUUGGUGACUGGCUUCAAAUCACGAGAUCCGAAAAACCAAGGGAAGUUAAUCGUGAAGACGGGCGCAGUGACGCGGCGAUUCCUCGGAUUUGAGCGCAUCUAUCACGUUGGUGAUGAUUCCGAUAUGGAUUGA